AUGGGGAGAGAUUUAGUUCGCAAAGAAUCACCUGAGAAGCCAUGGAAGCGUAGUCGAGUAUGGAAACACGAGGAGUCACUCGAUUUGUUAAAAAAGGACAAGGGUACCCAAACAAUUCAAGGUCUUAUCCUUGACAUGAAUCUGUUGAGAAAGGAGCUAUCACGUAGAUCAAGUAGUGUGACAGAGCAUAACUUUCAAAAUGAUGAUGUGAAUAAGAGUUUCAGAGCUGCUCAACCAACCCAAAUGGUCUAUAAGUUCUUUUUAAGAAUUUGGUUGUUUUUUGCUUGGCUUCUCCUAAUGCUUUCAUCUUCUCAUUGCAAAAAAGUCGAAUUGAGAGCAGAUGCAUUAAGAAAGAUGGAUAAGCUAAAGCUGCUCCAACUCAAUUAUGUAAAACUCAAUGGAUCUUACAAGAAUUUUCCAAAAGGUUUAAGGUGGUUGUGCAUGCAUGGAUUCCAUUUAAAAUUCAUACCUUCAGACUUACCAACGGAAAAUUUGGUUGCUAUUGACAUGUCUUAUAGUAAUUUGACACACCUUUGGAAGAAACCAAAGCUUCUUGGGUCAUUGAAGAUUCUUAAUUUGAGUUAUUGUAAGCUUGUUAGAGUUGAGGGCUUCUCUGGGCUACCUGCACUUGAGAGGUUGAUUCUUAAAGGUUGUAAACGCUUGGUUCAUGUGUGUGAGUCAAUUGGUGGAUGUUAUGGCCUUGUUAUUCUUGACAUGAGCAAAUGCAGUAAGCUUAAUAAUGUUCCAAUUGGCAUCAGCAAGUUAAAGAAUGUUAGAAGUAUAUCAUUAGACGGUUGCUUAGGUGCUAGUGAAUUUCUAAUGCGGAUGAAGGAUACGGAGUCAUAUGCAUCUUCCUCUUCUGUUGGAGAAUUUUUACUGAAAACUCCAAAAUCAUUUUUGCUACCUUCACUAGUAACCUUGUCGCUUAAGGGCAAUAAUUUAUCUAAUGAAUCCUUUCCAAAGGACUUCAGUAGCAUGCCGAUGUUGAAGAUAUUACGUCUAAAUGACAAUCCAAUUAAUUCCCUGCCUGAUUGCAUGAGAAGCCUUAGCAGGCUUGAGAUACUCGAUGUUGGAGAAUGUUCGAUGUUGAAUUCGGUAUUGUGCCCUCCACCUACAAUCAAAUAUUUUUUUACUGGAAAGUGUUUGUCACUUAGAAAAAUUACAUUCCCUCAAGAAAUGUGGGCCCCACCAGCUUUGUAUCACAAACAUACUGAGUCAUUGACCGAAAUUGAAGGCAUGAUAAGAAUUCAAGCUAUAGCACAAAUUGAUGACCAAAUAUUAUGUAGCUUGGGGUGGACAAAUUUACAACGUGUGAAAGAUCAGAAGAUGCUGAUAUGGGAUAUACAAAGAUGGUUUCGUUCAAAGAAUCUCCCAGUCAGGAUGAUUUACGAAUUUGGGAUAUUUAGCACUUGUUUUCCUGGGAAGGCAGUUCCAGAUUGGUUACCUCAUAAAAGCAAGAGUUCAUCAAUAUCAUUCACCGUGCCAUCGUUUUCAAUGAAUAAAACGAUACAAGGAAUAAAUAUAAGCUUUGUGCAUGCAUUUUUAGGCCCGAAAAAGGGAAGUCGUUUAAACAUAAAAGUACAGAACGUGACAACAAAUCGCACCUGGAGUUAUGAAGGUCCUAUAUUUUCUCUCCAAGAAACUGAUGAAGAUAUAGUAUGGUUAAGUCAUUGGAUGUUUGGGAACAAUGAGAUUAAAAAUAGUGAUGAAGUUUGUGUUACAAUAUUAGAACCGGGAAAUAUUGUAAUGGUAAGCGAGUGUGCAAUCAGUCCGGUGUAUAAUACUGAUAAGGAGAAUAAAGAAGAUCCUUUGAGUUAUUACAAGUCAUGGAAACAUUAUUGCUGUCAAAAUAAAGAAUUUUCUCAACUCUUAGCACACGCAGCACGCACGUUCCAAAGCAGGCGGCUGCCUAUUCUUCCGGCGACUUCUUCUCCGAUAACCCCCCCCCCCCCCGACGACGAAAUUUUCUUCUCCGAAAAAGCUAGAUAUUCAACUCUUGUGCUUCGCGUUUCAACAAUGGAACUAUCAUCUUCCAUGCAUCUGGAAACCCGAACAACCACUGGUUUCGACAUCUCGAGCUCCACCAUUUCACUACAACGCAAAAAUGAAUCUCCACUCCCUUUGCUCUCUGUUUCCACCUUUGCUACAUCUUUUUAUCACGUUGAUGGCAUGUAUAGUGACAUAGAUUAA